AUGUCUUCCAAAAUAGAAAGGAUCUUUCAAGGUCCAGCUUUAAAAAUAGCUAAUUUUUUAGAUGGCUUACCAACUAUAUAUAAUCCAAUAUUCAUUGCUAGUAUUUCAACAAUAGCAGGUAUGAUGUUUGGUUUUGAUAUUUCAUCAAUGUCUGCAUUUAUUGGUUCAGAACCAUAUAUGAAUUAUUUCCAUUCACCAAGUUCAACAAUUCAAGGUUUCAUAACAUCAGCUAUGGCCCUUGGUUCAUUUUUUGGUUCACUAGCCGCAUCUUUUGUUUCAGAACCAUUUGGUAGAAGAUUAUCAUUAAUCAUUUGUGCAUUCUUUUGGUGUGUUGGUGCAGCUAUUCAAUCUUCUUCUCAAAACAGAGCUCAAUUAAUUAUUGGUAGAAUAAUUUCAGGUCUCGGUGUUGGAUUUGGUUCAUCGGUCGCACCAGUUUAUGGUUCAGAAUUAGCUCCAAGAAAAAUUAGAGGUUUAAUUGGUGGAAUGUUUCAAUUUGCAGUUACCUUAGGUAUAUUGAUUAUGUUUUAUAUUUCAUAUGGUUUAGGUAAAAUUAAUGGUGUUGCAUCUUUUAGAAUUGCAUGGGGUAUUCAAAUUGUUCCAGGUUUAAUUUUGUUACUUGGUUGUUUUAUUAUUCCAGAAUCACCAAGAUGGUUAGCAAAACAAGGACAAUGGGAUAAAGCAGAAUUUAUUGUUUCUAAAAUUCAAGCAAAAGGUAACAGAGAAGAUCCAGAAGUUAUGAUUGAAAUUUCUGAAAUUAAAGAUCAAUUGUUAGUUGAAGAAAGUGCCAAAUCAGUUAGUUAUGCUACCUUAUUCCAAAAGAAAUAUAUUUUGAGAACUUUCACUGCAACUUUUGCUCAAAUAUGGCAACAAUUAACCGGUAUGAAUGUUAUGAUGUAUUAUAUUGUUUACAUUUUCGAAAUGGCAGGUUAUUCAGGUAAUGCAAAUUUAGUAGCUUCAUCUAUUCAAUAUAUCUUGAAUACAGUUUUAACAAUCCCAGCGUUAUACUUUUUAGACAAAGUUGGUAGAAGACCAUUAUUGAUUGGUGGUGCUAUAUUUAUGAUGAUUUGGCAAUUCGGUUUAGCUGGUAUUUUAGGCUCUUAUGCUGUUGCAUGGCCAGAUUCAGGUAAUGAAACUGUUAAUAUUAGAAUUCCAAAAUCUAACAAAUCUGCUUCAGAUGGUGCUAUUGCUUGUUGUUAUUUAUUCGUCUGUUCAUUUGCAUCAACUUGGGGUGUGGGUAUUUGGGUUUACUGUUCUGAAAUUUGGGGAGAUAAUAGAAUCUCACAAAGAGGUAAUUGUAUUUCAACUUCUGCUAAUUGGAUUUUAAAUUUCGCUAUUGCAAUGUAUACUCCAUCAGGUUUUAAAAAUAUUAGUUGGAGAACAUAUAUCAUUUAUGGAGUAAUGUGUUUAUGUAUGGCCAUUCACGUAUUUUUUGGUUUCCCUGAAACAAGAGGUAAAAGAUUAGAAGAAAUUGGACAAAUGUGGGAUGAAAAAGUACCAGCUUGGAGAUCAGGUUCAUGGCAACCAACUAUACCAUUGGCUUCAGAUGCUGAAUUGGCAAGAAAAAUGAGUGUUGAACAUAAAGAAGAAGGUUUAAUGGAAGAAGAUACAAAUUCUGAUGAAAUUAAUCAAUUAGAAGAAAAAGUAUAA